AUGUCUUCGGCCAUGAGCUUUGCUCAGACUGGCCAGCUUUCACCCAUCAGCAAUGGCAUGGACGCGUCCUAUCAUGGCACGGAUCUUUCAGGCAAUUCUUGUUGCUCUUCCUCCUCCGCUUCUGCCUCUGCCUCGCCUGAAUUGACCCAGUCGGCGGCUUCUCUCUCUUCUAUGGAGAAUUGGGAAAUGGCACUCGACAGUCACCAUGGCAGUUCUGGCCAUGGCCACGGCCACCAUUAUGAGUUGUCGUGGGACCCGGACUCGGACGACAACAUGCUGCCGUUGCCAAAAAUGGAGCCAUUGGACGAUGACGACUUUUGCAUGGACCAUAUCAAAGAAGCUCCUGCAAAUGCACUUCCAAACAGCGACGGUUCGAUGCUAGAUCAGCCAAAGGCGAAGCGGCCCCGAGGUCGGCCCCGCAAGCAUCCAAUUGCGCCUCCUGUCCUUGCGAACAAGAUCACAAAGGGCCGAUCCAAGACAGGCUGCCUCACUUGUCGGAAGCGCAAGAAGAAGUGUGACGAGGCAAAGCCACGGUGCAUGAACUGUGAAAAGAAUGCCGUGGUUUGUGAAGGUUACCCCGAGAAACAGAUCUGGAAGAGUGGCAGAGAGAGGGCCGAGGAGGAACGCCUCAAGUCCCACAGUUUGCCGUCCAUUACCAUGCAGCCACUGUUCCACGGGCUCGAGACGGUCGAAGAUAGGAUCUUCUGGAAGCAUUAUAACGAGCAUCUCAGCACGGUGUUGACCGUUGAGGGAGAACACAAGAAUGCCUUCAAGGACAUGAUGGUGCCAAUUGCAGUCAAGCAUCAAGGCCUCAUGCACUCCAUCCUUUCGUUGGCCAGCAAACAUAUCGACUAUGAUACACCUUACGGUCUCAAUAUCCUCAAGAACAACCGAUCGACAUCUGCCCACAAGCUCCACGAACGGUCUCUGUAUCAUCACGAUCAAGCCAGGCAAAAGUUCUAUGAGGACGUGGAAGUCAGCGAUGCAAUGAACCCUCAAGACAAACUCCGCGUGUCUGCCCGUUACGGCCAGAUGCUUUGCUUCCUCCUCGAGGCAUUGGCUGAGGGCAACCCGCGUGGUGAGCACCGGCUCCAUCUUUCGGCAUACAAGAGUCUCAUUUCAAGCUCGCCGCCAGAGGACUCGGCUUUUUUCUCGUUCAUCGCCGAGUUUUUCCAGUACCAUAUCUUUGCUGAUGAGUUGAUUCAUUCCGUUUCAACUCUUCACCACCGUGCGAUUCCCAACGAUGCCAACUACACACCAGCUAUCUAUCCCCCCCGGCUCAUUGGUGUUGCCGAUGGACUCUUGGAGUACCUUCCUCAAAUUACCAUGAUUCGAAACACCAUUCGGCACAAUAUUGUCACUCAAGUCGAUCCAGUGGUUGACUAUGUCAGCCUCUAUCGGGCGGCUGAGAUCGAUGCAGCUAUCAAGGACUGGACCCCUCACUGGCCUCAAGGAGACCAUCGUGACCGAGUAGGACUCCUGUACAAGCACAUGAUGUGGAUCUACCUUGUUCGGACCGUCUACCCGCCGUCUCCUUCGGCUCCUUUGCCUCCAACAAAGUCAUCGGAUCUCCGGUUGUCUCCCCUGUCCAAUGCCAACCAUAGUCGAUCCGCUGUGCCUGGUGUUACUACGCCGCCUAUGUCGGCAUCACCAAGCUGCACUUCGUCGCCCAAGUUGGAGGGUUCAGAUUAUGGAAUGGGCUCCGUCCCUCUCCUUAGCACCACUUCAUCUUUGCGAGCCGAGUCGCCGCCACCAUCUCGCAAGCCACUCCAGCACGACCCACGGGUUACCGUGGCUGUUGAGGAGUCUUUAGGCAUCAUGAAAUCUUUCAAGCCUAGCGACCCAUGCCAAACCCUGCUCCUCCUCCCAUGCUUUAUCAUCGGUACGGCAUGCUUCACGCCUACCCACCGGGAUCGGGUUCGGGCUGCUGUAAAAACUGUCAAGGGAUACACUGGUCUUAGAAACGCUGACCGCGCCUUGGAAGUUCUGGAGCAUGUGUGGCAGCUUAUGGAGAGUGGUGAUUGGGCCGCAGUAUGGGACUGGCCUCGUAUUGCUCAGGGGUUGGGUCUGGAUUUCAUUCCUGCUUAA